UACAACAACCAAGUACAGAGAGAAAAUCCAAAAUUCGGUUUCUUUCUUAUUCUUGUUGGGGUUUCGAGAUUUUCCACCUAUCCAAACAAGAAAUAAUCAUGGCGGGUGAAUUUUCCGGGAAAGUGAGUUGUGGGUUAUGCUUUUAGUUGCGGAUUUCGUUACUUUUUGUCGAUAAACAGAGCCAAAGUUUCUUUCUUUCCGUCUUUCUUUCUGCUCCCUCCAUCCACCGUAGAAAGAAGGAGAAAAGUCUAGAGAGAGAGAGAGAAAUAUGAUAGCAGCGACGUCGUCGUUAUCGUCGUCUUCGGCGAGUGUGGCUGUGGACAAGGCGACGAGCGAUCUUCUGAUAAGUCCUGAUUGGACUAUGAACAUAGACAUCUGCGAUUCCGUCAAUUCUCAUCAUUGGCAGGCAAAAGAUGUCGUAAAAGCUGUUAAGAAAAGGUUGCAGCAUAAGAGCCCCAAAGUUCAAUUUCUAGCCUUGACGCUUUUGGAGACAAUGGUGAAGAACUGUGGUGAUUAUGUCCAUGUUCAAAUUGCAGAGAGAAAUAUACUAGGAGAGAUGGUUAAAAUUGUGAGAAAGAGGGCAGAUAUGCAGGUUCGGGAUAAAAUCUUGAUAUUGCUGGACUCUUGGCAAGAAGCAUUUGGUGGUCCUGCUGGAAAACAUUCUCAGUACUACUGGGCAUGCGAGGAACUAAGGCGUUCCGGAGUAGAAUUUCCCAGGCGUGCAUCAGAAGCAGCUCCAAUAUUUACACCACCUGUUGCACAUACAGGAUUGAGGCACGCUCAAGCUGGAUACGGAAUGCCUAGCAAUUCCUCAAGAAGGCUCGAUGAAACAAUGGCUACAGAAAUGGAGAAUCUAAGUUUGUCAAGCCUGGAUUCUAUGAGGAAUGUUAUGGAGCUCUUAGAUGACAUGCUGCAAGCUGUGAACCCUAGUGACCGUUUGGCCAUAAAAGAUGAAGUGAUAGAGGAGCUUGUCAACGGAUGUCGUGCCAACCAGAAAAAACUGAUCCAUAUGCUAACUACAACUGGAGAUGAAGAACUUCUUGCUCGGGGUCUUGAUUUGAACGAUAGGAUGCAAAGUCUGCUUGCAAAACAUGAUGCUAUAGUUUCUGGUUUGCCUGUGCCAACUCAAGCUACAAGCUUUAGUCCCCAACCGACUGAAAAGUUUGCGUCUAGUUCCAAGCAGACUGAAGUAAAAGAGUCCAGCACAAGUGACUCUAGUCCAAGACCUAAUGCUAAUGUAUCUGCACCAGUUGGUACCAUGGCCAGGAUCCAGAUUGAUGAAGACGAAGAAGAGGAAGAUGAAUUUGCACAGCUAGCUCGAAGGCAUUUUAAACCACGGUCAGUGCCUCCUCAAAACACAUCUAGUGGAAGUAAUGAUAAUUUGGCGUUGGUGAGCACCAGCAGCACAAUAGAUCCAUCAGCCACAACAUCUGCUCCAAGCAAUGCAUUAGUUCUGGCUGAUCCACCAGCACCAGUUAAGACAACAAAAGAGCAGGACAUGAUCGACCUUCUGAGUAUCACUUUAUCAACAACAGCUGCCUCCCCAGACACCACCCCUCACGCCCCAGCAUCUGACCCUCACACCACGCCAGACCCGCACACGGUUCCAGCAUCUAAUGGUAACACACAUCAGGAGCCUGUUGCCCCCACCAUACAAGGAAAUCCCUAUCCUUCCCAGCCUUAUCCAGGAAAUCCCGGGAUGGUACCCUAUAACAGCUAUGUUGUUCCAUGGGCACAAGCACAACCUCAAUCUCAACUGCAACAGCCACAGUUCCAACCGCAAUCACAAUUUCAGCCUCAGCCUCAAUUCCAGUCACAGUUUCAACCUCAAUAUCCUCAAUACCCGACUGCCUACCCUCCUCCACCGUGGGCAGCUUCACCGGGAUAUUCUAGCCAAAACCAUUUUUCCGCCAAUAAUACAUUUUCCACUCCUCGUGCCAAUACAACCACAUCUUAUAGUCCAGCACAAUCAGCUAGACCUUUGCACCACUUCAAUUCGUUCCCUGCAAGGGGAAUGAAUGGGAUAGAUAGCAACGGAGGUUCAACGAGCCCGAGUCCUAGGAGCCCUGCCCCUGCAGCAGGACAAAAGCCCUACAUUCCCUCAUACCGAUUAUUUGAAGAUCUGAAUGUGUUCGGCAAUGCAGAUGGAAAGUUUAAGAUGACAAGCAGCAAUACAUCAUCUAGCUUGUCUGGAGCUGCCGGCCAAGGUAUGGUAGGUGGGAGGAAGUGAGAUACUGUCGUACAGAUUACGAACCGGGAUGCAGCUUUGUGAAUAUAUCCUGUAUAUCAGUGUCUGCGUCGUCUUCCGGUUUGUGAUAUAUUCGGAUUUCGUUAGAUUGGUAUGCUUUAUUGAUUUGCAGUUGUCAUCGGUCACCAUUUGUGUGUCGCUUUUCAGCAGAAUCAUUUGACCCUAAAGACUAGCAUUUUUCUUCAUAAACUAAGGUUUUUAAUUAUAUUGAAAUGAAGUCAAUAAGCCUUUAAUCCUCA